GCGGCGGCGGCGGGGGCGAUGGAGGCGCUGUGGGCCGCGCUGGACGAGGUGGCGCUGGAGGGGCUGGAGGGCCUGGCGCUGGGCGCGCUGUGGGAGCGCCUGGCCGGCCGCGUCCCGGCCUUCCCGCUGCCCCUGGAGCCCGCCGUCCGGCAGCUCCUCUGGGCCACGCUGGCCGCCCAGCCCGGGCUCCGCUUCGCCCUCCUCCCCCAGCCCCGCCCCCCGCUCCGCCUCUUCGACCGGUAUGAAGAAAUCGAUCUUGAGAUGGGCAUACUGGAGACCAAGAGAGACCCCAUUCCUUUAGAUGACAUUUAUCCUGUGCACAUGGUCAUGGACGACAGCGAUGGCAUUCAGGGCUCCUGCCAGUAUUUUAAGGAGAGGCUGGACAUAACGGAUCAGAUCAGGACAAAGGACAUGCAGCCCCGUUGCACUUACACAGAGGCCCAUGACAGAUGGGGAGACAAGCUGGUUAUGGUUGCAUCCCAGACCCUGCGGCACAGAGCGCUGAUUGGUUGGGAAGGAGAUCCAGACUUAAAACUUCCCGACUUCUCCUACUGCAUUUUGGAGCGCCUGGGGCGUGCCCGGUGGCAGGGAGAGCUCCAAAGGGACCUCAGCGUAGCGUUCAAAGUGGAUGCCGGGAAGCUUCACUACCACCGCAGGGUGCUGGACAGGAACGGACUCAUUUCCAUGCAGUCCCACGUGAUCCGGUUGCCCUCGGGGGCCCAGCAGCACUCCAUCCUCCUCCUCCUGACCCGCUUUCAUAUCGACAGGAGGAGCAAAUAUGAUAUCCUUAUGGAGAAGCUCUCCGGAAUGCUGAGCGGUCGUCCAGGACAGAUGGAGACCCUGGGGAACAUCCGGGAGGAGCUGGGCCUCUGCGAGAAAACGUUCAAGCGUCUCUACCAGUAUAUGCUGAACGCUGGCCUGGGCAAGAUCGUGUCCGUCCCGUUACAGAACAUGCGGCCUGACGGAGGCCCCUUCAAGACCAAGCGGGGGACUGAUGUCAUGGUCCGUUGCCUGAAGCUCGUGAAGGGGUUCCGGAAGAAGGUGGACGACUACCACGACGAUGACGACGAAGAGGUGAUCACCAAGACGGUGCAGCCCAUCGACGUGGUUUACGAGAAGGACAUGCUGACGCAGGCGUACGAGCUAAUCGAGAGCUGGGGCACCAAAGGCAUUUCCCAGGCGGAGCUCCGAGCGGCCAUGAACGUGGGGAAGCUGGAGGCACGGAUGCUGUGCCGCCUCUUGGAGCGGUACAAAGUGAUCAAGGGGUUCAUGGAAGACGAAGGCCGGCAGCGGACGACCAAGUACAUCACCUGCACCUUCGCGGAAGAGAGUGACCUGAGCCGGCAGUUUGAGCGCGAGAAGGCCCGGAGCGAGCAGCUAGCCCUGGCCAGCACCUCUGCGGCCCAGGAGGACUCCUUGCCAGGGGAGGACCUCUCGCUCGGGGAGGAGGAGACGCUGCUGCUCUCGGAGCUGGGGAACGAGGACGAGGAGGAGGAGGAGGAAGACGGUGCGGGGCCAAGGAAGGCUUGCACGGGGUCCCGGCUGAGGCCGCCUUUCCAAGGAGGCCUGUGCCACUCGACCCCAACCAAAGGCAGGAAAUCAGCAGCUCCAGCAGCAACCCCGGGCAGGAGGCGGCCCCCUGCACACUCCCCGGGGUACCCCGAAGAGCUUCCCGACCAGGCGGCAGAUGAAGACUCUGCUUCAGACGUGCCGAAGCAAGAGGCCACUCCCUCCUUGUGCGCCCGUUCUUCAGACGACUCUGAGGAUGUGGUGGUGGUUGAGGAAGUCAGGCUCGAAACCCCCAAAAAGACCUGGGGUGGCAAGAGGAAAGAGAAGCGCCCUCGGGCCUCGGCGUCCGAGCGCUCGCACGAGACCUACCGCCUCCUGAAGCGGCGCAACCUCAUCAUCGAGGCCGUCCAAAACCUCCGCCUGAUCGAAAGCUUGUUUGUGCUCCAGAAGAUGGUGAUGGACCAGGAGAAGCAGGAAGGGGUGGCUACGCGGUGCUGCAAGAAGUCCAUCAUCCGCCUGGUGCAGCGGCUCUCCCAGGAGGGGCUUCUGCGCCUCUACCGCACGACCGUCAUCCAGGACGGGGUCAGCAAGAAGGUGGAGUUUGUGGUGGACCCCUCCGUCGGCCCCAACGACCCGCUGGUGAAAAGCGCCAUCGAGCAAGUCCGGUUCCGGAUCUCCAACUCGAGCACCGUGAACAGCAGGAUCAAAGUCCCCCAGACGCCGAGCUCCCAGGAGCGCCUGGACGAAGGGGGCCCGGAGUCCGGGGUCGGGGCCGCCUUGAGGGAGAUGGAAGGGCGGAGGGCCGGGGAGAAGGUGCGCGUCCGGAGGUUCAACUAUCACCCCGUGACAGUGCCGGGCCUCGGUCGCUCCCUGGGCUUCCUCCCCAAAAUGCCCCGCCUCAGGACAGCCCACGUUUUCUUCUGGUACUUGGUCUACGGGCACCCUCUGAAUGCGUCGCAGAGCCAGGCGGGUGGUGGCAGCAGUGCGCCGGGCCUGGAGGCCUCUGGCUCCCCACCGCGGGCCCCAGCGGGGGAUGAGGAGCCUGAAGCCGCACCCGCGGGGAGCCGUCUGGCCCCUGCCCAGGAGGUGGAAGUGGAGCUCAGGGAGCAGGCAGUGUACCUGGACGAGGCCUCGUGGAAGCGUCACGUCCCUCCCCUCCCCGUCCACAGGGAGUAUGGCCACGGUUGGGCCCUCGUGAGCGACAUUCUCCUCUGCCUGCCGCUCUCCAUCUUCAUCCAGCUCGUCCAAGUCAGCUACAAGGUGGAGAACCUGGAGGAUUAUUUAAACGACCCCCUGAAGAGGCACACCUUGAUCAGAUAUCUUCCCAGAUCAAUUAGACAAAAACUCCUUUAUAAAAGGAGGUACAUCUUUUCCGUGGUGGAGAGCCUGCAGCGGCUGUGCUACAUGGGGCUGGUGCAGUUUGGCCCCACAGAGAAGUUCCAGGAAAAAGAUCAGGUGUUUGUAUACUUGAAGAAGAACGCGGUGAUUGUGGACACCACCGUCUGCGAGCCCCACUACAACCUGGCUCAGAGCAGCCGCCCUUUUGAUAGACGCUUCUACGUCCUGAGCACACUGCAAGACGUGGAGAACUUCUGGUUUGACCUGCAGUGCAUCUGCCUCAACACCCCCCUCGGAAUUGUCCGCCAUCCCCGGGUCAAGAGAAGCGGGGCUUCAGCGGACGCCGCCGAUGCAGGCAGUGCUCUGGAUGUGACAUUGGAGCAGGAGUCGGCGGCGCACAAACACAACCUGGAGCGCAAGUGUGUCAUGCUGGAAUACACGACGGGGGGCCGAGAGGUCGUAGACGAUGGUUCUGUGCCUGGAGACGGGUUGGGAGCUGGCGGUCUGGAUUCCAGCUUUUACGCCCACUUGAAACGCAACUGGAUUUGGACAAGCUACAUUAUCAAUAAGACCAGGAAGGAGAACCCCGUCUCUGAAGUUGGGCACACCGUGAGACUCCAGACCUUCCUGACGAAACGCCCCCUUCCUCUCGGCACCAGAGGUGGCGGCAGCGGCAGCACUCCGUGGGGCGACCCCCUGGUGGGGACGGAGCCUCCUGCCGGAAGAGAAGACCUGGUGGAGAUUGAGAAGGAAGCAGCGCUGAACAGAAGCAAGAGAGUGAAGGGCGGGAAGAGCCAGAAGAGGCGGCGCCUGAAGAAGGAGCUGGGGAAGAAGGCCAAGAAGCGGAAGCGGAAGAGGGAGGGGACCCCGGGGGAAAAGAGCAAGAAGCCCCGCUAUCACGACGAAGCGGAUCAGAACGCCCUCCUGCGGAUGACCCGCCUGCGUGUCACCUGGACCGUGCCAGAGGACAGCCUGCUGAUACUGUGCCGGAUUGCGAGCAACGUGCUCAAUGCCAAGGUGAAGGGCCCCUUUGUCCCCUGGCAAGUGGUGCGGGACAUCAUGCACGCCAGCUUCGAGGAAUCCUUGGAUAAGACCUCGCAUUCCGUUGGAAGGAGAGCCCGCUACAUUGUCAAAAACGAACAGACCAACCUCAAUUACAAGGUGUGUCUGGCGGAAGUCUACCAAGACCGAGCUCUGAUUGAGGAUUUCAUGAGCAGGAAGAACAACUACCAGGACCCCAAGGUCUGUGCGGAAGAAUUCAAGGAGUUUGUGGAGCGGCUGAAGGUGAAGUUCAGCUCCACCCUGGGGAAUCCGCGGCCGGCCAUUCCGGACACACUGGAGGAGCUCUUCCGCAGGUUCCGGGUUCUGGCAAUCGGAGAUGAGUCCAGCCAUGGCAGGAGAGAGGACGUGCUCAGCAGUGUGGCCGACAUUCACUUCCUGGUGCUGCAGAACCUGAUCCAAAGCACCCUGGCCCUCUCCGACAGCCAGAUGAAGUCCUGCCAGUCCUUCCAGACCUUCCGCCUCUACCGGGAGUACCGGGAUGACAUUCUCGUGAAGGCCUUUCUGGACUGCCAGCGGAGGAGCCUGGUGAACCGUCGCCGGGGCAACCACUCCCUGGGCCCCCGGAAGAGCCGGGCGCUGCCCUUCGUGCCCAUGUCCUAUCAGCUCUCCCAGGGCUACUACAGGGUGUUCACGUGGCGCUUUCCCAGCACACUCUGCAGCGAGGCCUACCAGUUUCUCCUGAAGCUGAAGGAAGCCGGCGCACGGGACCAGGCGGCCAGCUUUUCUUUCAAGGACCAGGACAGCUCCUCCGCCUUGGACAUGGUGACCUUCCCCCUGGAUGGGCCCGGGGGCUGCUGCGCGGCUAUCCUGGCCCUUUCUUCCCUCGGCCUGGUGUCCGUGGACGUGACGAUCCCCGAGCAGAUCGUGGUGGUGGACAGCACCCUGGUGGAAAACGAGGUCAUCAAAAGCUUGGGGAAGGAGGGCGUGGAGGAGGAGGAGGAGGAAGAGGAAGAGGAGGACGUGGAGGAGAGCGCCGCCAGCAAGCCCCGGAUCGAGGUGAAGGCCCGCCAGGCCUCACACACCAACUACCUGCUCAUGAGAGGCUACUACUCCCCGGGCAUUGUCAGCACGCGGAACCUGAGCCCCACGGACAACAUUGUCGUCAACUCCUGCCAAGUGAAGCUGAAGCUGCGGGAGACCCCUGCCUGGGACGGCUUCCUCGGCCAAGAGCCCCUGGACCUGUCGAGUCUGCCUGUCGGAGCCUCCUGCCUCCCCAGAUCCUUCACCAGGCUUAUCGGCAUCCAGGAAGAGGAUGCGGCCGGACAACUUCCGCUUCGAUCCCUGGCGCAUGGCGGUUACACCGCUGGGGAGCUCGCAGCCACCCUGGAGCUGUACGACACCAUCCAGGCCGCUUCUCACUUUGGGGUGAACAAGGGGGACCUGGCCAGGCAGUUCCAGCACUACGAAGAGGCUGGGGUCGAGUGCGCCAAGCUCCUGCAGGACCUGCUGGACCUGGAGCAGGUGUUGGAGCUGGGGGGGAACAGCACGCGUCUGGUGGCGAGGAAGUGUGCUGGGCCCUGGCUGCUGCAUUCCGUGCCUCUGGAGGAGGACGUGGGCAAGGCCCCCCCAGGCCGAGCGAUCCCUGCAGUAGAGGAGAAGCAGCCCCUCGCUUCCCCCGGGCCGGCGGCACCAGAGCCAGCCAGGAAGAGGCAGAAGACGGAGCCGGACGAGCCGGGGGGCGGAAGCGAGGCCUCUCCAAGCACACCCGGCCCGGGGGGAGGAGCAGGUGACCCACAGCGAGAGGCGGCCGGCGGCAGCUCCAGUGCGGCAGGGCAGGACGGGGGGCCCCUGCAAGAGCCCGGCUGCCCCCCAGAACCCGCUGGGGUCCCAGAGGAAGAGGAGCGGAGGACCUGCCUCUCCGGGAAAGGCCGCCAGGAGGGCUCAGCCCGCGGGAGUCCUGCCACGGAGCCUCGAGGGGAAGCGUCUUCUGCAGGGAAUGUCACACGGGCAGGAGAGGAAAGCGGCGCAAGUGGGAGUGCCUACUUUGUCGGGCGGCCUUGGCGCAUCGUGGAUGGCAGCCUGAAUAAGCCCGUGUGCAAGGGCAUCAUGGAGGGGGUGCUGUGCCACAUCAUGACCAAGCCCGGCAUCACAGAACCGGCCCUGCGCCGCCAUUACCUGGGGGUCCUGCAGCCCGUGGCCCUCCUGGAGAUCCUGCAGGGCCUGGAGGCUCUGGGCUGCAUCCGGAAGUUCUCCCUGAAGCAGCAGGAGGUGCCUUCCCUCUUCUCGCGGCCCGUGCUGGAGGAGGAAGCAGCUUGCCCCAAGCUUGGCGAGGCCCCCGUUGCCUUCUACGAGCCCACCGUUGCCUGCCCCCUGCUGAUGGGCCGCGUGUUCCCCUACGAGCGGAACUGGAGCAAGUGGGUGUAGCGGGCUGCCCGGCUGUCAAUAAAGGGACCUUUUUUGGAAACGGUGUCUCGUCUGUCCUUGGGUGAAGGUGUGUGGGAUGCG